AUGGCAGUAUCGCGAUCCCCAGCAACAUUACCCGGAUAUCAAGAGCUAUCAAAAGCAGUCAGCCAAGAUGGCGUCCCGCAGAUUGUCAACUACCAACAAGGUCUUGGUACAGAAGGAGGGCGUGUGUCCAGAGUCAUUGGGGGCGCAACGGGCAAAGGACUGGCAGAGGAAGUCAGAGAAUCCUACUCCUUUCUCGCCAACAACUACCACCCUGGCGACGAAAUCUUCCUGCUCGGCUUCUCUCGCGGAGCCUUUACAGCGCGCAGUAUCGGCGGACUGAUUGGCGAAAUCGGGCUCCUGACGAAAAAAGGGCUCAACACGCUCCCAGAAGUCUACGAAGACGUGCAAAACAGGCGGAAUCCCGAUUACCGCCCCAAACACCCAGACGUUCCUUUUCCCCGGAAACCCAGCGCAGGCGACCCCCGCUAUGCCGAGGAACUUGAGCGGAGAGGGCUGACCAGGCUCGACAUACCCAUAAAAGUAAUCGCCGUAUGGGAUACUGUCGGAAGUCUGGGCAUCCCGCGAAUUGGCAUCCUCCAACGCGCAGGCUUGCAAAUGAAGCAGUCCCGGGCUACCUCGUUCCACGACACCAAACUCUCCAAUUGCAUCGAGAAUGCGUUUCAGGCGCUUGCCCUGGACGAAUCUCGCCCCUCCUUCGCCCCCGCUGUCUGGGAGAAGCCCGAGGGAAACCGGACUACGCUGCGGCAAGUGUGGUUUCCCGGCGCGCAUGCGAAUGUAGGGGGUGGAUACGAUGACAUGCAGCUCGCGAAUAUUACGCUGGCGUGGAUGAUGAGCCAGUUGGAGCCUUUUCUGGAUAUGCGGGACGAGUACUUGUUUGAGCAGGAUGAACUGAAUGAGAAGUACUAUAAAAAGGAGGAGGGUGCGGUGAGACCGUGGAGUUUUGGCAGGAUAUACAGUGAGGUCAAGGGGGCAAUGGCGCUGGGUGGAUCAACAGCCACUACACCCAAGUCGACCCCUUCACCGGCCGGCAAACUGACCGUCCCCUCCGCCAAACAAACGAAUACAUCCACCCCUCCGUCCGCACCCGCCACCGCCUCGAAGGCCCCGGCAUCCUCGACCGCGGCGCCUACGAAUGCCGCGCCCUAA